AGAAGAAACACACUGAAGUGACAUUGUAGUGAGUUGACUCCACGUUGAGGUUCAAACGACCCCGGCAGCAUCUUUCUCUCGGCGCUGAAGGAAAAACAAUUUAUGUUUGUUUUGUUUACUCUGAACGGGUCGUUUGUGAGCUCAACAUGACGUUCAGGAGGCUGAAGAAGGUGAACUCAAGCGGGCCGGACCCCACUGGACCCGCAUCUCAAGACAACGACAUUUAUUUCACCUCAUCAAAGUCAGACAGCUGCAGGACCAGAGACCUGCCGGCAAACCCCUCCGAGGUUUACAACUACAAGACCCUGGCUUACUCUGGAGGGACACUUCCCCGAAACUUCAAGAAGGGUGGCGGCCUGCAGAAGUGGAAACCCCUCACACUGCCCCCAGAACCACAAAGGAAGGUGGUGGUCCUGGAAAAGAAGGAAGAAGAGUCAUUCGGUUUUGAGAUCCAGACUUACGGCCUGCACCAUCAGGACCAAAACUCAGUGGAGAUGUGCACGUUCGUGUGCAAGGUGCACGAGGACAGCCCGGCGCAGGAAGCAGGACUCAAAGUUGGGGACACCAUUGCAAGUGUUAACGAGGCCACCGUGGAAGGAUAUCUGCACAAGGAGAUCGUUCAGCUCAUCCGAGCGUGUGGAAACACUCUCAGACUGGAGACGGUUUACAGCGACUCGAUCCGCAAAGCAGAGCUGGAAGCCCGGCUGCAGUUUCUGAAGCAAACUCUUCACGAGAAGUGGGAUGAAUAUCGGUCGCUGAUGGUGCAGGAGCAGAGGCUUGUUCAUGGCAUAGUAAUGAGUGAUGCUGCUGUGUACGAGUCCCUGGAGUCAGCGGGUAUCUACGGCAGCCUGGGCACUCCCAGCCCCGCCGCCCAGCGAGCCCUCCACAGCACCGGCAGCACCAGCAGCAGCGCCAGCUUCCUCAGCACGGCAACCGAAGACGACCCGCUCUACCAGACCUGCCUGCACCAGACGGACAUGCCUGUGGAGUCGGACAACACCGCCGCAGGCAGAAAGAAAGAGCAGCCGCAGAGGCAGCAGCGCCUCCGGCCCGCCAGCGAGCUCUUCACGUCGGCCAAGACGCAGCUGACCCGCAGCGCCAGCACGCGCAGCUACAUGAGGGGGUCUUCAUCGUCGUCCGCGUCAGGGGAGAAACAGGGAGGGUUCAACUCGCUGCAGAGGAAGCCCAAACAGAAAAGCUUCCGCAGGCGCCUCCUUAAAUUCAUCCCCGGAUUGAACAAACCGCUAGAAGAGGAGGAGAGCAAACUGUGAGCAGCAGACUGAACUUUAAAGACUUGAAACAGCCGUGACUGUAAAGACUAGACCGCCAAAGAAAACAGUGCAAGCAGCCCCAAAGAGUGACGAGACCAAAGAGAAAUGGAGCCCUAAAAGCUGUACAUAACCUUUUGUUUCCAUUUGUUUUUGUUCUUUUAAAUUAUUUAUUUAUUGUCUCUUGUUUAUGUACAAAAUGAAGGAUUUUCUGUUUUUACUGCAUGCACCCAACUUUAGUUUUGACCACUUUUGUAAGAGACAAGUUUGAGUCCAACUGAUCCUGUUUUUAUUUUUUCUGCUGAAGUUACAGCUCCUUAAAAUAAAAUAUGUGUCAUUCUAAGAUGA